CUUUUUGGGUUUACAUGCUGUUUGCAUUCUUUCUUCUUUUUGUUUAUACUCUUGUUAUCUCAUUCUCAUCUCCAAUCCAACGUGUUCAUUACUUCAAUUGAUAUUAUAAAUUUUCUCGUGAUAAGUGUGUUUUUUACCUAGUGUGGUUUCUUUCUGAAUUUGAAAUGGCUGCUGAACUGAGCGACUACGAGAAACUGAGAUUGAAGAAUAUUGCAGAGAGACAAAAAUCUUUUGAUGAUUACAUGAAACAAAAUGGUCUGCAGUCUUUUGACCUAUCAAAGGCUGGGAAAGAAGUAGCCAAUAUUGUGAGAUCUGAACAGCUACUAAAGGAAAACGUAUCUGAAUCGACUGAAGCAAAGAAAUUCAAAGUACGAGCCAGAAAAACUUCUACUCCUCCGUGUUUUGUCCCUGUGCGUCGUUCAAAACGAUCCACAGUUAGGAAAGUGAAGUAUUCAGAGUUAAUAAAUGAGAAUGAUGAAAACUUGAGCAGCAGUGUAGAGGUUGAUCCAGAUUACAGUCUCGAAGAGCUUGAUGAGGAUUACUACACUGAGUUGGAAUUCAAACCUAAAAAGAGACGGAUAGUGAGAAGAAGAGAAUCUGAUAACUGUCGAAUCAUUCUUUCACCUGAAGAAAUCACUGAUGAAAUGCUGUCAAAAAUUGCCCACAGCUCUAAAAAGAAAUACUCUUCUGACCAAGGGAGCACCUGUCAUCAAUGCCGACAAAAGACACUUGACACAAAAACCAUCUGUAGAUCUCAAGAUUGCAAUGGAGUUCGAGGUCAAUUUUGUGGGCCUUGUUUGAAAAAUAGAUACGGUGAACUUGUAGCAGACUGUUUACUUGAUCCGGAUUGGAGUUGUCCAGUUUGCAGGGGCCUAUGCAACUGCUCUAUUUGUCGAACUCGAAAUGGUUUGAAACCCACCGGUAUCCUCGUUCCUCUCUUAAAAGAUACUGAGCACUCUAAUGUAUCAGAUUUUCUUCAACAGUUUGCAUAACUCACUCCAGAACAGGAAAGACUUACUUAAAACUGUACUUAAGAUGUAUUAUUAUCUUUCUUACAUGGACUGACGCUUUGCAGUUACAUUACGAGUGGCAGAUUGCCAAAAAAUUCUCACAAUUCCUGUCCUGGUAUUUGUUUAUUCCUUUAUUUUAUCGCUUUUCUUUUUACAUGAUUUUAAAUUUGACAGAAGGAGGCAAUCCUAGACCUUUUUCAUUUGUUUGCAUAGGCAAUAAUUACAAUAACUGCAUAAGCAACUGAAAAAGGUUUACUCGUCCAAAAACAGGACUACUCCUUUACCCGUGCUGAAAUUUUUCAUUUUUUUCACAAUUAUCGUCUCCAAGGAUAUUUUUAUUGACAUUUUUUGUUCUUAAGAAUUAUUAAUUUUUAGGACCCAUGUGGAAAUCAACGUUCAUAUGUGAAUGUAGAAUCAGUCACUAUCCGCAUUUUUCUGUUUAAUCCCUGUGAUUGUUGCUCUUAGCUUAUUUUAUUAAAAGUGUUUAAUUUUAAGUACAUAUUUAAAGUUUUUGCUCAAUUCACCUACAAUUGAUUUUAGAUUCAUGCCUGUCUUUUAAUUAUGCUCAACUUGUUUUAAUUUUAAGUAAUCCUUUUGACUGAAACAUCCAAGUAAAACUACUGUGCAUUUUAAAGA